AGCUCCACAUCUUCAUAUUCUUUCUUGCCAUAUUCCACGUCUUUUAUAGCGCUAUAACGAUGAUGCUCGGCAGGAUGAAGGUAUUUUUCAUUUUUUCGUAUUUCAUAAUUAUAUAAUUCUUUUUUGUUUUUCUGAUAUAGUAUCGUGGGGCAGCAGAUUCGUGAAUGGAAAGAAUGCACGGGAACGAGAGAUUGCAAACAAUACUAACAAAUCCAUUGGUAUGUAUGUAUUGUGCUCGUAAUUAUUAAUUUUUUUGGCUCGAAAAGAUAAAUAAUACUAGUGUUUGUUUUCGUACAAAAAGAUUCUGCCAAGUUUAGGCUUACGCACGAGGAUUCGUUUGUUUUUCGUCGCAUUAUAUUCACAAAUUAAAAUAAUUAAUGAAAUAGCUAUAACACGCAUUUUUCUUCUGUAAUUUAGUGGGAUAAAAAUGGAACAACUUAUCAAGGAAAUUAGGCAAUCAGACCAAGCUAUAACAAAAAAAUUCAAUAAAUAAUGGUACACAAUAUAUAUAAAUUAUAAUAGUCUUUUAAUAUAUUAUUUUGGUCAGAAAUUAGAUUUGAUUUUCUAUUAGCAUUUGGGAUAAUUGAGAAUAGGGUUUUUUGCCAACCAAUUAUCUUCGAACCUAAAACCCUGAAUCCCACAACAUCGACACGCACAGCGAGAGAGAGAGAAUGGAGUUUCAAAAGAGGAAGACGGCGGCUCUCGCCGCCAUCAACUCGCCGGCGCCGGACAAAUCCCCCAAAGGCGACAUAGACGCGCCAAUCAUCCCUCUCUUAACCGCUAUCAACUCCCACCCCUCUUACUUCACCACCAGCUCUUGCUCCGGCCGCAUCUCCGUUCUCUCUCAGCCAAACCCCUCUCCCUCCGCCCCCAAGAAGAAGGCAAGGGGCGGCUCGUGGAUCUUCGUCUCCCACGACCCGGUUCACCCCUCCUCCCUAUCCACCACCCUCUUUCCCGAUUCGGCCGGGUUGACCCGACCCGAAACUAUUGAGAACCAGAGUAGUCUCGUCUUCAGGUUCGAGCCGUUGAUCAUAGCGGUGGAGUGCGAAAACUUAGAGGCGGCUCAGUCUUUGGUUUCUCUCGCUAUUACGUCUGGGUUCAGAGAGAGCGGUAUUACUAGUGCAAGCAAGAGAAUGAUCAUUGCUAUUAGGUGUUCGAUACGAAUGGAAGUGCCGCUGGGCGAUACGCAGAAGCUCAUGGUGUCCCGAGAGUAUGUCGAGUAUCUUGUUGAGGUUGCUAAUGAGAAAAUGGGGGCUAACAGGAAAAGAACUGAUUUCUUUUUCAGUAAGCUGAUAGAUAGUGGAUUUCCGGGGCACGAGAUUCGAGUGAACGGUGAAAUGAAUGGGAAUGGUGAAGAAACGCGCGUUGAGGCUGGAAGUGAUGGAUUUUUUAGGAGUUCGACUGAGAGUGAUGCGGUGGUCCUCGAGGGAGAGUUGGAGUCUGAAAGCAGAUAUAUUCAUGAACCUGAUAAUGGACCACUAGAAGUAUUUGACAUCGAUUUAUCCAUUGUUAAAGUAGUUGGUGAACCUGUUGAGAGACUCUUCUUGUGGGGUCAUUCCGCUUGUACUCUGAACCAAAAGAAGAUUAUUAUAUUCGGUGGCUUUGGAGGCAUUGGAAGACACGAACGUAAAAAUGAUCUGUUGAUUCUCGACAGUGAAUCUGGGAUAAUGGAUAUAAUUACUGCUGCUGGAGCCCCAUCUCCCCGAUUAGGCCAUACAGCUUCCAUUGUAGGAGAUUACAUGUUUGUGAUUGGAGGUAGGGCAGACCCAAUGAAUAUAUUGAAUGAAGUUUGGGUACUCAAUACGGUAAAGGCAGAGUGGAAGCUUUUGCAAUGUACAGGCAGUUUGUUCCCUCCAAGGCAUCGACAUACAGCUGUUGUUGUUGGUUCCAAAAUAUAUGUGUUCGGUGGAAUACAUAAUGAUGAAGUUUUAUCAUCGCUUUAUGUGCUCGACACACACACCUCCGAGUGGUCAGAGAUAGAAUCUCAUGUAGCUCCUGGUCCACGGCAUUCGCACUCGAUGGAUGCAAAGGGGUCUAAGUUAUAUAUAUUUGGUGGAUACAAUGGAGAGAAACUCCUUGAGGAUCUUCACAGUUUUGAUAUUAAAACAGGUGUGUGGACUAGGCUAAAGACAAAUGGACAAUCGCCAAAUGCUAGGUUUUCGCACUCGAUGUUUAUUUAUUCGAAUUAUCUCUGCAUUUUUGGGGGUUGCCCUGUUAGUGGACAUCAUAAAUUGUUCGUACUUGAUCUUCAGACCGAGUCUUGGAAGAAUGUAGUGGUAAAGUCUAUCGAAGAAGCCCUUUUUGUUCGUAGCACAGUAAACGUGGUUGGUGAUGAUCUGAUAAUAAUAGGUGGUGGGGCAGCUUGUUAUGCAUUUGGGACUAAGUUUAGUGAACCAGUGAAUAUAAACCUGCUUCAGUUGGUGUCCUUAUGUGAUAAUACAGAACCAACAUCAAUUGAAGAGAAGCAUGUGGAUCAAAUGGAGCGGAAGAAUUGUGCCCUUCUAUAUUCUCAGAGUAGAACCGAACCAUUUGUAAAUGGAUGUGUUAACCUAGAUUCCGAGUUUAAAAAGGAAAGGAUAACUUGUGGCGGCGGUGUGGCGGCCAUUCCCUCUAUUCUUCGGAUUCAGAAACAGUAUGCUAAAUUGGGGAAGGACAUACUAAAAAUAUUUGGGUGGUUAGAUCUUGAAAGGAAGGUUUAUUCGCAGGAGGAUGGAAUGUAUAUCUGCCUUCCUGUUACUGAAAAUUUCUGCUCUUUGUUAGAUAACCACGACUUAACUGAUAAAUGCGAACCACUAGGCGAUCUUCAGUCCUUGAAGCCAUCUGCUUGGCAAAUUUUAUUGAAUGAUAUGUCCAGUUCAGCAGCUCUGAAUCUUCUAAUAUCAUGUGGUGCAACCAAGAUUGUGGAUGAGGUCGUCAAAAUAAAGAAAACUGCAGAUUCUCCUUUCAAAGUGAUGAAGGAAGCUGUGGCCUCUUUGUUGAAUAGUCAUGGUUUGCCAGCAGAACUUAUAGAACAGCUGCCGUCAAGAUGGGAGCGACUCGGGGAUAUAAUUGUGCUCCCUAUUACGUCCUUCAAGGAUCCGGUAUGGGAAUCAAUUGGAGAGGAGCUUUGGCCUCUUGUUGCACAAUCACUUGGUACUCAACGUCUAGCUCAUCAAGGGCGAAUUGCGCCAACUGGAACAAGAGAUAGUAAGUUGGAGAUUCUUGUUGGAGACAAUGGCUGGGUUGAUCACCGUGAAAAUGGAAUACUUUAUUCUUUUGAUGCAACCAAGUGCAUGUUCUCUUGGGGCAAUCUUUCCGAGAAGCUGCGAAUGGCCCAUCUUGAUUGUACAGAUCAAGUGGUUGUGGAUUUAUUUGCCGGCAUAGGAUACUUUGUGCUUCCAUUCCUUGUAAGGGCGAGUGCGAAAUUCGUGUAUGCUUGUGAGUGGAAUCCUCACGCCGUAGAGGCACUCCGUCGUAAUCUUAUUGCUAAUUCUGUGGCUGAUCGUUGUGUUGUACUGGAAGGAGAUAAUAGAGUUACAGCUCCUAAAGGAGUUGCUGAUCGAGUAUGUCUCGGCCUCAUACCAUCGAGCGAGUGUAGUUGGGUCACUGCGGUCAGAGCCUUAAGAGACGAGGGUGGGAUGCUACACAUCCAUGGGAAUGUGAAAGACACGGAGGAAGAUUUAUGGGCAAACAAUGUUCGGCAAUCCAUUUCGGACAUUGCUAAAUCAGAAGGUCGUUUGUGGGAGGUUUCGGUGAACCACGUCGAAAGAGUAAAAUGGUAUGCUCCGCAUAUUCGCCAUCUUGUCAUAGACAUAAGCUGCAAACUAAAGCAAGAGACGAAAAUCGACGCAUGAUUUUGCUGCUACACUACGUCGACGCUCUAUGUUGAAGUAAGUCUAUUUGUUCUAAGAGAUUUUUUUUUUUUUUUUUUGCAAAUUCAUUUUAAAUGGAGUCUUUUGAAAUCCUUGACCAAUUUUUUUUCUCAGAU